AUGGCAUCCUCUGUGAUUCCUCUUUUCCUCUUUUCUUUUUUCCUCUUAAAUCAACCCUUCGCACGUGCCAAUCUCCAUAAAGCAAACAAUCUUCUUAAAUCAACUCUUUUAAAUCAACUCAGCACAACACAAUCCCAAAUCAACCCUCCACCAAAGUUCUUCUUUGAAGUCACCAAAUCCAUCAAACUAUCCAAAGUCAAGCCAUGCUCCCACAAUGUCCUCAGACAUGAUUUUGCAUACACAUAUGGCAAAUCCCCUGUUCUUGCCAAUUAUACCUUUCCUUCUCAUUGCACCUCUCAGAGUUUCUCCAAGAUUGUCCUAGAAUGGAAAGCUACUUCCAGAGGCAGACAAUUUGACCGCAUUUUUGGAGUUUGGCUUGGAGGUGUAGAGCUUCUUAGGAGCUGCACUGCUGAGCCUAUUGCCACUGGGAUUCUAUGGCGUGUUGAAAAAGAUGUGACCAGGUACUCUUCCUUGCUUACUAAGAAUGAUACACAGACUCUUGCUGUUUACCUUGGUAAUCUGAUUGAUAAGACUUAUACCGGUAUUUAUCACGUGGAUAUAACUUUUCAUUUUUACCCUGCUGAAGCGGAUUUGGGUUAUGGCCAUGAUUUGGGUAAUUUGGUUCCUGGGUAUGGUUCUAAUGCUGAUUUGAUCUUUACCCUUUUCGAGGGAAUCUGCCACUGA